AUGCCAGUGUACGACAUUGGUCUUGCAGGCGAGCGAAGCACAUUAUACGCACAGGUAGAUGUCGGUACACAUCUACCAGCCAACGUUCCCAUGCCAACUGUGGGUAUUCCUGUGGAGAUUGUGGAUCCUACACUCCAACACUCUCCAGUGGAAAACGCAAUCCGAGAAGAUGAUGGAAUGACCGGCACUCACAGAUCGCAUGAACGAGAGUCUGCUAUUCAUCGACCUAAACUGCAUAUUGACACUAGUAUCAGCGAGGCGGAGCAUCCUCUUGCAACGCAUACUGAUGCUCUCUAUACUAGUCCGGACGACAUGUCCCCUUCGGAGCAACCUCGGAGCCGAACAGCUCCGCGCCCGACAAGUCCGCCACCUUCUCGAGGCCUUCGCCGUAGUUCUGCACAAGUCUAUUCCCCGUCCGAGGUAGCCGCCAGACGUCAGCAACGUCGCACAUCUGCGCCAUCCCGCCACGCUACGCAUUCUCCGCACCAUACAUACAUCCCACAGCCGUCCAAUCGGCCAUAUCCCGACUACAGGUUGCUAGAAUACCGACCCACACCCAGCAUGAAUCCUGGAUCGGUCUGCCAGCUUCCUAUCGCUCAGCACUAUGCAGACGAUAAUCUGGGUAGUAACAUCACACAGCCCUCUGAUUCGGGGACUCUAGAUGCCGAAAAAUAUCCAGAGGGCCGGCUAGAGAUGCCAUUAAGUAAUUCACGGUAUCCUAGUUUGCCACCUAGGACAUCCCGUUCUUUCACCCCUCCAGAUCGUGGUGGUGCUACCCAAUAUCCACCCGGGGAUGCCAAUAUGGUUCGAAAUCCUCCUAUCCCUCACAAACACAAGUCCCCACUAACAGACCUUGACGAUAUUUCAUGA